AUGGUUCUUGAUGGUGAAUAUUAUGCCGCUACAACUAUUGUAGUGACUACUCUAAUCAUUUAUUAUGGUCGUGACUUGCACUUAAAAACUUUGAGCCACUGUCAGUAUCUUCCAACUGUAUUUGCUAUAAUAUUUAGUUGGCAUCGUGGCACUCUGCAAUCUUUAUUACAUCGAGCUCUUUUAUUAAAUCAAAGCUAUCAGGUUAUCGGGCUUCAUAUAAUGCAAGGGAUUACGAUAGCUGCAGCUUCCAUUGGACUAGUAGCAAUGCUAGAUGUCUUUUUGGGCUGGGGUAUCAUUAAGCAAAGUAAAAACUCAAACACUAUUUUUGGACCAAACACAAUUUCGAAUUAUGGCAUCUUUAGUUUAUUGAGAGCUUUUGGAGAAGAAUUUGGUUGGCGCUGCUAUCUCAUGCCGAUACUUUUGGCAAAAUACAACGUCAUGGAAACAUUAUUUAUUAGUGGUAUCAUCUGGGCAUUAUUUCAUAUUCCAAUUAUGAUAUUACUAACUGCUAGAUAUGAAGUUGAAAGACCGUUGUAUACCUGGGUGCUGCAAGGCUUAUCUGUAUUUCUUGACGCUUAUGUAUUUGGUUGGUUAUCAAUCCAGACAAAUUACUCCCUAUGGGCUGCAGGAUCAUUUCAUGCUGCAUGGAAUUUCAUUAAUCCAAUUGUGUUGGGUAGCGUAUAUACAAAUACAGAUGGCAUUAUUAAAGGAGAACUAUGGAAAAUUAACGGUGAAGGCUUAGCUGGUUGUAUUGUUAGUCUUAUGAUGAUUUAUUUAAUACAGUUAAAUAUAUCUUAG